AUGCAGAAAUCAACUUCCAGUACACAACUCCCAACAACGCCGUCAUACUCACACGAACCAGUACGACGAAAACCACGUUCCACGACGUCCAAAAUUCGCGAUAGUUGCCACUCCUGUGCCUUGUCCAAAGUUCGAUGUCCCAAGGAGAAGCCAACAUGCGCACGAUGCAAGAAACGAGGAAUCGUCUGCGAGUACUUUGUCACAAAACGUCCAGGCCGAAAGCGCGACAGUCGUCGCAUAAUUGAGACUAGCGGAACAUGCACGAAUCCAAGCAAUACAGAUACUUCGUUAAUUCGAGAUGAUCCAGGUAGAGGGCUAUCCACGAGCGAGCAGUCCUCCAUGGCUCUCUUAGACCUGAGUCCAUCUUCAGCGGGACCAAGAAAUGUCUCUGGUACAGUCGAAUUUUCCUCUUAUAUCGAUGUUCUCGCGGAUCUUAUGACGCCUCUCGAGCAAUCUUCCUCCCCCAGGCUUUCUGGGAUAGGCAAUGGUUUCGAUGGAAACUUUACACCACCUAUGGACUUCCUAGAGUUGGGGACGCUAGACUCGAACUUUUCGCAGGAACCGUACGAUAUUGAAGAUCUUCUCACGUCAACCAAUUUCGACCCCGGCCCAUCUUUUGGAAAUCCCUCUGUCAGGAGCACGCUACCUUCUAAAUCAUUCUUUCCUAAUCCGGAGGCACACCAAGCGCUACUCACAAAUCGCAGUGCUAAUUUCAGUCGCGGAAUAUCCGAAUCUACAUCGACGUGUUGCUGUAUUAUACAGGCUUUGGAUAUAAUGAGUAAGCUUUUCAUACCCGACACGCCAUUCUCAACAUCGAUAUCAACGAGCCCGAGCGAUGCUGCUACGAUAUCAAAUAAUACUACAAACUACAACAUUGGCCAUUUUUCUGCUCAAACUCUGGUCACCCAAAAUCGACACUUCAUUGAAGCUGUUGACAAAAUUUUACAGUGUUCGCUGUGUGUGGAAACUGGUUAUCUUGUGACCAUUUUAUCCACAAUUAUUUCCAAGAUCCUUGAGCGGUAUACAGAAGCAGCACGGCAGUGCCCGGGGCACUUAAUGUUUGAAGGAUACGAAGGUACCAUGAGCAACGACAGGAGAAAUACAACUACCACGGAGAACAUGGGGAAUUUUGGUACUUAUUCAGGCUCUCACGACAACGAUGCCAGGCGUGCUACCGCUCGGUUGAUUCUUGGCGAGCUACAUCGCGUGCAGGGAUUGAUGAACAGACUUUCGCUUCGUCAGAAUGCUCCUAGGCAAGAGAUAGGGCAAAAGAGCGCCAACUUUGAGAAAAAUUCUCCAGUAUUUUCAUCUUCAGAUGGCCAGAAAACUGCUUCGGGGGUGGCCUUUUCAGCUACAACGCUCGAUGAAAUGAAGACGGAUCUACGUAAAAAUCUUACUACGCUUUCCUUUGGGAUUAUCAAGAUGUUGCGAGAGAGUUGA